UGUCUUUUAAACAUAUAAAAAGCGUCAAGGAAAUCCGACUUGAUCAGAAAGAAAGAGAAAAUGGGGAGUUCAACAAAAGAUCAAUUGCCGCCAUAUCCAAACGCAGCUCGAAUUUCUGAUUCUCAAUGCUACGCUCAGUACACUGCUUCUCUUAAAUGUUUAGAGGAAUUUAGCUCAGACAAAAGUAAAUGCCAAGAACAUUUUGAUGUCUACAAGGAAUGCAAGAAAAAGGAGAGGGAAGCACGCUUAGAGCGCAAUAAAAGUCGAUCAUUGUUCUCGUGAGAAUUUUAACUCAAGGAUUGCUAACACUUCAUCCAAAUAUGACGCCGGGUCCAAUUUCAUCCUCUUCAAAUUGAGUUUUUGUGAAAUUUCAAACAAAUGCUUAUGUAUUAUUCUAAUACCUGUUCAGACAAACUAGAAGAGUGUUUUUUUAAUUUGUAAGACAAGUCUCAACUUUGAAAAGCUGUCAUAAUUGUAUUUGGCUCAAUAAACUUGGUUCUGCAUCUUAA